AUCUAGCCACCGUAACACGCACAGCACAACGUGUCUAUACCUUGGUACUUGACUCGGCACAUCUUAGUCCGCAAUACUCUGUUUUCUGCAAUAGUUUUCUGCAGGCUUCCUAUUCAAAACGCGCGCCAAGCGGCCCAGCAGCGUCACCAGCGGAAUUUUAGUGAAUCUUCUCCGCUUCGCGCACUCCCGCUGAAGCACAGAACACUCUAGUUUCAUGUGGUUUCGUUGCUGCUCAGCAGCUGAGAAACAAACGUCCGUUCCCCAUUUUCCUGCAGCGCGGAGGCAGUUUACGGUGGUGCACAUAAUUUCACGCCGCCAGCAGCCUUCGUCGAGCACUGCGUGGUGCAGCGCAGAGGCCAGUGCGUCUCGCGAUGGGACCACCGAUCGUGGACCAACUGCUGGGCGCGUCACACGACCAGGUUGAGAGCUUACUCAAAGAGUUUAAUGCAAAGCAUGCCCACGUAUUCACCUUUCCUGACCUAAGCCUGGAUGAUCGGCAGCGGCUGGUAUCGCGGAUGAUCGAGGUGGUGUCAUCUGAAGGAGCCCAGGAGUCGUGCCAGGUGCGGUGCCUGGAGACACUGCGGCUUCUGAGUCGAGACCGGUGCCACCUGGAGGAGGUGUUCACGGCCGAUGUGCUAGCCAGCUUGGCACGUGCGGCCCAACUCACGGGGCGACCCAGUGAGGAGCUUGGCCAGGUUGAGCACCUACGUGCACCAGUGGUGGUGGAGGCCCUGAAGACCCUGUGCAACCUCAUCUACAACAGUGCCGUGGUGCAGCAGGCGUGCAGUCACAAUGGCUGUGUGGAAGGCGUCAUGCUGCGGCUCAAGCUGUACGUGCAUCCAGAUCUGCCACACGAUGUCAAGUUUUUUGACAUGCGGAUGCUGUUUCUGCUGACAGCCCUCUGUGCCGACACCAGGCCUCGGUUGCGGACUGAGCUGCACGGCCUGAUCUACCUGCGCGAGACGCUCGACCUGGUUCUCAAGUUGAGUGAAGAGCGCACUGCGGCUGCUGCACACAGCUCACCAGGACCCAAGCGGUGCAUGCGCCUCAGUCGUCGAGGGCGCCACGGUGGUGAUCCUGUCGGGGGGGGGCCAACAGUGGUGGCCCCCGUGCUGAGCACCGAGGAGGCUUCGCUGGCAGCCGAAGUGCUCAAGGUGCUCUACAACCUGACCUGCAGCCUCGACAAGUUCCACGUGGAAGAGGAGGAUGAGGUCCAUUUUGAACGCUUGGUAGGCCUCCUGCAUGACCUGCUUCUCUGCGACGUUGCUGAUGUCGAGGCCAAGGACCAACUGCAUGGGCAAGUGGUGCACCUGCUGUCUAGCGUUCCACGCUCAAGCUAUGCGGAGCUGCUCACAGAAGCAAGCAGUGGCGAAGAGGGCAGCUUUGAAGGCUACAACGUAGACGCAGUGGCUGCGCUGGUUGCCUACCUGGAACGUAGACUUGACGAGGUGGAAGCCAAGCCCAGCUUUCAGCGGCAGUUGACCCCUGUGCUGCUGUGCUUGGCUGAGUGUGGUCGUGGACAAAGGAUACUGCGUCGGUACCUGCGUUCAAGGGUGCUGCCACCGCUGAAUGAUGUCAUGAACCGUCCCGAAGCAGGCAACACUCUGCGCAACAGGCUGGUGCGGUUGAUGACGGUUCCGUGUACGGACACCAAGCACCUGGCAGCCGAGCUGCUGUUUGUGCUGUGCAAGGAAAAGGUGGGACGCCUCGUCAAGUACACCGGCUAUGGGAAUGCUGCGGGGCUGCUGGCCAGGCGAGGGUUGCUGCUAGGGGGCGCAGGGGUGCCCUACUCAAGCGAUUCUGAGGACAGCGACACGGAGGAGUACGUGCGAAACCGAGACCACAUCAAUCCGGUGUUGGGCUGCUACCAGCCAGCGCACGAGUCGCCACUGCAGGGGCUCAGCCAAGAACAGAAGGAGCACGAGGCCAUGCAGCUGGUCAGCCUCAUGGACCGACUCACCAGAGGUGGGGUGGUGCAGCCAGCGCGUGUUGGUGCAGACGGCCGGCCACACCCAAUUGAGCACUUGCUGGAGCUCCAGGAAGACCGGGACCUCACAGAGUCCGAGUCGGACUGAGUGAUGCUGGUGGUUCCCAUCACAGGCUGAAUGGAUGCACAUCUGAAACAAUGUGGUCUGAUUGGAUGUAUUCAAGUGAUCCUCAUCUCAGACACUUCAGGCCUUUGAGCGUUCUUUUUUUUUUCUCCUAUCCCUAUUAAUUAUGGGAUUUUGCUGUCUGUAAUUUGCACUUGGCCUUUUGUCGCCUUAGGCCAGUCAUUGGAGAGGAGGGAACUGGAGUGUGUGUCUAAGGUUCUUGAAGUAUAAAGAAGUGGACAUUGUCAAAUCUCCGAUUGGCUUACAAGUGAACAUGAUGGAAUUUGGAUAGGAAGUGCGGACUACAGACUGAAUUUUUAUUUUUGAGAACAAAUAUGAUGAUGGAUUAAAUCGUGGGAUAAAAAUUAUUUCAUACAUUGUAUUCUCGGCUCCUGUUGUGAAUAUAUAUGCCUUCUAUCAUUCACAUGGCACUUUCACUUAUUGCUGUUAUAAAUUAUGCCAAAAGGUUAUUGCUGUAUGAAACUCUUCUACUACAUUUUUCAUUGGCUAAAGUAAGCACUAUCCACUAAGCACAUUGGCAUGGCUCACUGCAUAUAAAUAAGAUAUGCCUAAGACUGACUACAUUGUGCAGGACAUUUAGAUGCCCCAUACAGCUCGUCGUUCAAAGACCAGAAAUUUUGUUUAUAACCAUACACAAGAUGACUUUCGAAUGGUUUCCUGAAUGCAGUUGCGUAAUGACCACACUAUUUUUCCAACAUCUCAACAGAAGUACCAAGGUUAGUUGGUACGUAGUUAUAACAAAAAAGCAGACAUACAGAUGAUGGCUUGUUGUGCACUGUGUUCUCGUCACUUAGUUUGCGUCAAAGUGGGGGGCAGCACAAAGGCCAAUUUGCUCGCUGCUGCCACUCAUGCCAGUGUUUUGGCAACAAGUAUCCACUGUCAUCGAUUGAGAUGUGUUCAUGAUGUGCCUGUGCACAUGACAUCGUGCUUCUUAAUUUAAUUGGUAAGCAAAUGUUCACAAGGUUAUAUGGGCGAUAAAGUUACUCUCCUUACUUCGUAUAGCUGUCUAAUAAUUUGCUAUCGCCAUCAAUGCUUAGCUGAAACUGCGACAUUUUUUCUCCAAUUCUAAAAAUUCAUUCCUUUGAUCCACCCCAUCGAGUGGCUGAUCCAAAUGAUUUCGGGGGUGCGGUUUUGUGCCUACGAGAGGGCUGAAAGAAAAGGAGUUGAAGAAAAGGCCUCUGGGUUUGUGUUGACUGACCGAGACAAAUAAAACAAGCACGUACUACUGAAGGACUGUUGCAAAAGCCUCGAUGUGCGGGCAUUGUGCCUGCAUUGAGUGCCACCGUUGGGUGUCCCAUGACCUGGUGCUAAGAAGCCGCAGGCAUCACAUCCACUCACAGUUGGCAGCUCCAUAGAAUCAAGCCAUCCAUAAUGCAGUUGUAGCCACCGUUCUGAAUAUUUCGCUGCUUUAAUCUUUCCAUGGAAUCUGAUCAGUGGACAUUGCCUAGCAGUAUGGGUGUUAGUUAUUCCUUAGUGAGUAAAGGUAUUGUUCGGUAUGUUUAUAAGUGGAUUGCACUGUAUUAUAAAAUAUUUGGUCCUCUGUGCGGUUCACAAUAAACUGCAUUCACAUAUGGGAGACGCAUGUCAUGUGUUGCUUUCCAUCUUGAAGUGUUCAAAUGUGGAAUAAAGACUUGUUCUGUCUGCAUUA